AUGCCUUCCGUCAAGAACCCCAAUCGCCCCUCAAAGAACAGGCUCGCCGCCCGUGCUGCCAAAGCCAAGAAAGCGAACCAGAAGCGCGCCGACCCAGCCAACCGAAGCAAGAUCACCAAGGCGGACAAGACGAGAGGCGCAAGACCUGGUCUGCUGCCGACAAGCGGACCGAGGGCUCAAGUUAGCGCCAAGAAGGCGAGGAAGCUGGAGAAGAAGAUGGGUUAUGCGCUCAAGAGACAGAUGGAGGCCGAGGGAGAGGCAGAGAUGAAAGAUGCUCCGGUUGUUGAGGAAAAGGCGGCGCAAGAGGGCGAGGAUGUUGAGAUUCAGUGA